AUUUCUUCUCGAGGAAAAUAUCGGUUCCACAUUAUUAACUCAUCGUCAGCUGUGGAAGAGGGAAGAUCCAAACUUAGCUAAAAAGACCAUCGUGCUUGAACUCAAAUCUAAUUCAGUUUACAGUGAAGAUGUCAAAAUCUGGAGCACUGGAUCUGGCCUCUGGGGUUGGUGGGAAGAUUGAGAGAAACCAAGUUCUUUCAGCUGUCCACAAAUAUGAGAAGUAUCACUUUGGGGAUGACGAAGACAGAAAAGGCAACUAUACUGACAUGGUUAACAAAUACUAUGAUCUCGUCACAAGCUUUUAUGAAUAUGGAUGGGGUGAGUCCUUCCAUUUUGCACCAAGAUGGAAGCAAGAGUCCCUAAAAGAGAGCAUCAAGCGGCAUGAGCAUUUUCUCGCUCUGCAACUAGGUCUAAAGCAAGGGCAUAAGGUUUUGGAUGUAGGAUGUGGGAUUGGUGGACCUAUGAGAGAAAUUACUAGAUUCAGUGGGGCAUCAGUUACAGGGAUAAACAACAACGAAUAUCAAAUAACUAGAGCAAAGGAACUCAAUCAUCUUGCAGGAGUGGAUGAGACCUGCAACUUUGUCAAGGCAGACUUUAUGAACAUGCCAUUUCCUGAUAGCACUUUUGAUGCAAUAUUUGCAAUAGAAGCCACAUGCCAUGCACCAAAUGUGUUUGAUUGCUACAAAGAAAUAUAUCGAGUGUUGAAGCCAGGACAGUGUUUUGCUGCUUACGAGUGGUGCAUUACUGACUCCUUUGAUCGAACAAACCAUGAACACCAGAGAAUUAAGGGAGAAGUUGAGCUUGGCAAUGGACUUCCUGAAAUCAGAUCAAAAGAACAAUGUAUUCACGCUCUAAAUGUUGCAGGUUUUGAGGUUAUAUGGGAAAAUGACGUUUCUGUGGAUUCACCGCUUCCUUGGUAUAUGCCACUAGAUAAAAGUCAUAUUUCAUUGAGUAGCUUCCGGCUAACAGCUUUGGGGCGUUUCAUUACUAGAACAAUGGUCAAAGCCUUAGAGUUUUUACGCCUUGCCCCUGAGGGUAGCCAAAGAGUUCAGUCUUUCCUAGAGACAACAGCAGAAGCUCUUGUUGAAGGUGGAAGCAAAGGGAUCUUCACACCAAUGUACUUCUUCUUGGUUCGGAAGCCUGAUGCAUAAGCUCCAAACUUGUAAGUUUUGAGGCUUAUAACAUUGUAAUGGCUACUAUUGCCUAACCAGAUGCAUAUAAACAUAUCUAAAAUCAGUAAUAACAAAGUUAAUAAUAAUUGUAUUGCCCUUCUAAUGAUUUAAUGAAUAACAUUCAUACUUAUGUGAAUGGCUAA